UCAUUCGAUGAACUCAGAUUUUAUUGCGCGUCAACUACGUAAAAACUGUCAAGCAGCUGUUGAAACGAAUACUGAAGAUGAGUACUCCCUGAAUGUGCGAGUUAGUUUUUAACCAGCAAAAUGGCUGAGCGUAACUUAGCGUUUGAUGAUCAACCGCAUGAACUCAAGUUUGGUUCCAGUUUUGACCCAAAAUCCAAGUUGGCCUAUCACUCAAUUCGUUACGACUUCAAACCUGCAUCAGUGGAUACAUCAAGGGAAGCCACAUUGGAGAUAGGCGAGGGCCAUCAUGUGACGCUGACGGUUCCAAGUGUAGAGGGCUCAGGAAUUGUUUACAAAGGCAAUAAGCGACCAGUGCAAAAGGAGUGUGUUCUAAUAAUUGAUCAUGACACUGGUACAUUCACAUUGGAGAGGCUGAAUAACAACAUCAAUGUCAAAAAAACAAGGUCAGAAAAUUCAAGCAAAUCUCAGGUGACCAGUCGCCCGAUUACCCCAGUGGAAACACGUCUCAAGAGUUCCCCUGGUAAAGUGCGAACCAGUCAAAGUCCCAGUGCACCCGUCAAACAGCAGCCAUCGCCGCCAUCUAACGCUCAAUCUUCCCCUCAAGGUCAUAAAUUUGAAAAAGGUCUGUCCGUGAUUGGGGACAUCAGCAGUGACAGCUCCAGCGACUAUCUCUCCUCAGACUCAGACUCCUACUCGGACAAUGAUACAGCACCACCCCCAGUCCCUAUGUCAGUGACAAUACAGUCCCAGCCUUCUCAGACCACCAUCAGCAAGCCCAAUGUGCUCAGUAUCGCUGCAGAUCUACAGCUGAGCGACACCUCAGAUGAUGACAGUGACUGAUUGGCGGGGGGUGGGGUAACAGUUAUCCUUGUGUGUGAGUGUGUUGGUGUGCCAUGUGUUUAUAGGUCAGAUUGGACAGCUUGUCUCCCAUAGCAACAGUCAAUCACGGUUUUGAAGUGCUUCCCUUUUUAUGAAAUACCUCUAGACUUGUAUAUUGAAUCUUUUGCUGGGAUACAAGAUAAAGAUUGAACAUUUGUACCAUAUGAAUAGUGUGUGUUUUUUAAUAUCAAUGUUGAUGCAAUAGCAAUUGUCAAUGAGAGAUUUUGAGCUGCAAACCUACAAGAAAUUGGGAUCCAUAUAUUUUGGAUCUUUUGAUAUUUGUUGAAUGGAAUGAAAUUAAAUUAUAAGUCAAUAUCAUAGCCAACAACAAAAAUAACUUAUGAUUAAAAAUUGAGAUUACAUUUGUUAGAUAGCAAUUGCCUGCCUUUCAUGAAAUGUAAUGUUUGAACUAAUAUUGAAUUGUAAUUUUAUGGGGUUUACUUCUGGGCAGUCAGAAUAGUUUUUAUACCUCAGGAAGGGUGGCAUAUAGCAUUUGAACUGUCCACCCGUCCGUCCGUCCAUCCGAAAACUUUAACAUUGGCCAUAGCUUUCGCAAUAUUGAAGAUAGAAACUUGAUAUAUGGCAUGCAUGUGUAUCUCAUAGUGCUGCUAAGUUUGAGUGGUAAAAGGUCAAGGUCAGCCUUCAAGGUCAAAAGUAAAACAAGAGUGCCAAACUGUCACAAGAUACGCCCGUUUGAAGGUUUAGGACAACUUGAUAACUUUAUCAUGACCCAUAUUUGAACUUGACCUACGUAUCAUGUAGACACAACUUCUGACCAAAUUUGGUGAAGAUCGGAUGAAAACUACUUCAAUUUGAGAGCGGACACCAUGCUAAAUCCUUGAAAUACACUAAGUGACCCCGUGACCUAGUUUUUGACCCGGCAUGACCCAUAUUCGAACUUGACCUAGAUAUUGUCUAGAUACAACUUCAGACCAAGUUUUGUGAAGAUUGGAUGAAAACUACUUCAAUUAGAGAGCGGACACCAUGCUCAAUUCUUGAAAUGCACUAAGUGACCCUGUGACCUAGUUUUUGACCCAGAAUGAUCCAUAUUCGAACUUGACCUAGAUAUUGUCUAGAUACAACUUCUGACCAAGUUUGGUGAUGCUAAAUGCUUGAAAUGCACUAAUUGACCUCAUGACCUUGUUUUUGACCCGGCAUUACCCAUAUUUAAACUUGACCUGGAUAUCAUUUAGACACAACUUCUGACCAAAUUUGGUGAAGAUCGGAUGAAAACAACUUCAAUUAGAGAGCGGACACCAUGCUAAAUCCUUGAAAUACACUAAGUGACCCCGUGACCUAGUUUUUGACCCGGCAUGGCCCAUAUUCGAACUUGACCUAGAUAUUGUCUAGAUACAACUUCAGACCAAGUUUUGUUAAGAUUGGAUGAAAACUACUUCAAUUAGAGAGCGGACACAAUGCUCAAUUCUUGAAAUGCACUAAGUGACCUGUGACCUAGUUUUUGACCCGGAAUGAUCCAUAUUCGAACUUGACCUAGAUAUUGUCUAGAUACAACUUCUGACCAAGUUUGGUGAAGAUCAGAUAAAAACAACUUCAAUUAGAGAGCGGACACCAUGCUAAAUCAUUGAAAUGCACUAAGUGACCCCGUGACCUAGAUUUUUACCCCGCAUGACUCAUAACCGAACUUAACCUAGAUAUUGUCUAGAUACAACUUCUGACCAAGUUUGGUGAAGAUCGGAUGAAAACUAUUUGAAAUAGAGAGCGUACACUGCUGUGGAUGCCGCCAGCCGCCUGCCCGCCCACCGCCAAGGGUGAAACUAUAAUACGUCCUGUUUUUAGAAACGGGCGUAUAAAAAGGAUUUAUAGGUGUUGCGAAAGGUGUUAGGUGUUGCGCGCUUAGCAACGAUAAAAUUAUACGCUUUUCCAUUCUUUUUUAAGGUACCGGUAAAGUUCAAUCGUCCCAAAAUAAUUGACUGGCACAACAUAAAAUUAGAGUCCGGACAAAGUAAAAUGCACUAAUUGACCCUUUGACCUAGUUUUUGACCCAGCAUGACCCAUAUUCGGACUUGACCUAGAUAUCAACUAGAUGCAACUACUGACCAAGUUUGGUGAAGAUCGGAUGAAUACAAUUUGAAUUAGAGUCCGGACAAAGUGGUGCCGUUGAAAAUGCACUAAUUGACCCUAUGACCUAGUUUUUGACCCGGCAUGACCCAUAUUCGAACUUGGCCUAUAUAUCAACUAGAUGCAACUGCUGACCAAGUUUGGUGAAGAUCGGAUGAAUACAAUUUGAAAUAGAGUCCGGACAAAGUGGCCCCUUUGAAAAUGCACUUAUUGACCCUAUGACCUAGUUUUUGACCCGGCAUGACCCAUAUUCGAACUUGGCCUAGAUAUCAACUAGAUGCAACUGCUGACCAAGUUUGGUGAAGAUCGGAUGAAUACAAUUUGAAUUAGAGUCCGGACAAAGUGAUGCCUUCCGCCCGCCGCCCGCCCGCCCGCCAAGGGGUUUCACAUAAUACGUCCCGUAUUUUAUAGGGGCGUAUAAAAAUACAAUCCAAGGGAAGUAAUAAGCUUUAAAAGGGAGAUAAUUUCUAAACCUGCCAAUGAUAUAUUGAAAUUUUAUUUCAAAGCGGCGCAAUAGGGGGCAUUGUGUUUCUGACAAACACAUCUCUUGUUGUUUCAAUUUUAAGGACUUGACAUAAUGACUUGACAUUUUACUUGAAGCAAUUUGAUUUUAUUAUUUUCUCUUAUAAACAAAUCUGUGCAAUAAAGUCUUAUAGUUAGGGACUAGUUUCUUGCACUGGUUUGAUAAUCCACAUUCUAUGAGGGAGAAAUUUUACUGGAUUUAUGUCCCUUCUCUCUUUGAACGUCUACUUUUACAUUUAACGGACAUUGCAUUGUUUAUUUUAAACAAUAUUAUGCAUAAAACACUUUUAGUGUACCAAUAUACCAACAGAGUAUACAACCGUUUAGAAUAGUGUUAGAUUUCCAUACAGACAUGGCCAUAAACUAAAAAUAUUAGUAACACAUACUUGCUCUUCACUUUAAAGGGAAUCAAAUUUAGUUCCCCUGCCGCAACAAAUCUUGUUUGUUAUCUCUGUUGUCAUUUCAAAAUGUGUUUUAGAAUACCUCAACCUUCGCAUUCUGAAAAUGUUUAUUUUUAUGUCCCCCACCACUAAAGUGGGGGACAUAUUGUUUUUGCCCUGUCUGUUGGUUUGUUGCUUUGUUUGUUGGUUUGUUUGUUUGCUCCAACUUUAACAUUUUGCCAUAACUUUUGAAAUAUUGAAGAUAGCAACCUCAUAUUUGACAUGCAUGUGUAUCUCAUGAAGCUGCACAUUUUGAGUGGUGAAAGAUCAAGGUCAUAGGUCAAAUAUAUGGGUCAAAAUUGCUUAUUUUAUGUUCACUUUUGCAAUAUUGAAGAUAGCAACGUGAUAUUUGGCAUGCAUGUGCAUCUCAUGGAGCUGCACGUUUUGAGUGGUGAAAGGUCAAGGUCAUCCAUCAAGUGUUUCACAAACACAUCUUGUUUUAGCUUAAGUUAGAAGCAGACUUGUUACAUUUUGUACAUAUUAUAUUAAAUUGGUGAUCAAUGGCAUUAUGUACAUCAUAUGUACAUUGUGGUAAAAUCCGUUGAUAAUUGUAUUUAACUAUUUUGCUCAGAUGAUUGUUAACAUUCUGGCGAUUUUUAUAUGUCUUUCAUAUAUUAUUUUCCAAUUAAAUGCAACAAUAAAAUGUUAACAGUU